UUCUUACAUUUUGUAAUAAUUAAUUAAUAUGGCAUAAGGUUCUUAUCUAAGGUUUAGGGUAUAUGUAAAAUCAUGAUAACCGACAUUGUUUUUUCCCGCGCAAUUUUUAUUACUAAUGUUUGUAUGUCAUGUGCAGUCGAGAGAAAUAACAAUAGUGAUGUAUAUUUAACUAACAUGGUAAAAGCGAUACCGACAUUGACUACAUUUAAAGAGGAUAAAAAUAUUAUUAUCUUCCUUAUAGGAACCAGUUCUAUGUAAUUUGGGUUCCUCGUCAAAGUCUUUAUGACGUAAUGAAAAACUCUGGCUGUGAUAAAUUUAAUGACAAAUUUGAAUUUUUAAAAGAGCAAUUGAAAAAGCGUAUUGAGCUAUCUGAUGAAUUUAUAAAAGAGUUUGAUGACAGGAUAAAAACCUUUAUUAGUCAAUUUAAAAUUCGUUGGAGCAGAGCCAAUAGGCAUGAAGAGCGUUUCCUUAGAAUAAACCAAAGUUGGCUGGAUUCUUCGAUAGGUUUCACCCAUCCACAAGGAAUGAAACGUGGCCGCAAAGAACUUUCAUUUGAAGAAUCAAAACGAAGCAAAAAAGUAAAUUUUUAAGAGAUAGUGUGCCUUUGCCUUUAUUAGCUUAUGCUGCAUAAAUGAGUUUUAGAGCUUCAGGGCAAGUGGAAGCGUCAAAAAUAGUGAAAGAGGUUGCAAGUUCACCAACGAGAGCGAAAAAAUUUCAUAAAAGUAUUGCCAAAUCAUCACUAUCACAGCAAAUGUCCAAAGAAGACGCUUUAUUUGUUUUGGUGGAAGCAAAGUUAUCUCGACAACAGUACAAUGUUAUAAGGCAAUCUGCUCCAGAUAGGUUUCCUUGCUAUUCAUAUGUCCAAUCAGCAAAAAACGAUUGUUAUCCUAGACGUGAGAGCAUGCAUUUUUGCGAGAUUUCAGCACAAGUAAGCUUGCAAGCCCUUUUAGACCAUACCACUGAGCGUAUAACUUUAGCCCAAAAUAACGUAAUUAAAACAUUGAACGAUGAUUAAAUGACGAAUUUAUGCUUGUACACUAAGUGGGGAUUCGAUGGAAGCUCUGGACACAGCUCACAUAAGCAAGCGUACCAUAAUCCGGCUGCAAAUGAUUCAUCAGUUUUCAUCACCUGUAUUGUUCCAAACAGGUUGAUUUGUGGAAGCAAAAUUAUGUGGCAAAAUCCGCGCCUAGCUUCUGCCAGGUUCUGCAGGCCUUUAAAAAUUGAAUUUGUAAAAGAGUCCACAGCUGUUUCUAGAACUGAAAACGAAAGAGUUGGUAUAGAAAUACGAAAUCUUUUAAAUUCGGUUAUACCUUAUGGAAAUAAAUAUUUGGAAGUUAAACACAAUUUAAUUUUAUCUAUGCAAGUAUGCAACGCAGUAACAGAAACAACAUCUACACAAAAAUGUUAUUUAUGUGGAGCUAGCUCGAAAGAUUUUAAUAAAAUUGAUGAAAUGGUGAAGAAAGUUGUAAAAACAGAAAAUUUACAAUUUGGGCUUUCAAUACUUCAUGGGUGGAUUAGGUUCUUUGAAUUUCUUCUCCACUUAUAUAAAUUGUCUAUAAAAAAGUGGCAAGCUCGAACAGAAAGCGAGAAACUAUUAGUUUCGGAAAAUAAAGCACGGAUUCAAAAAGGAUUUAAAGAUAAAAUUGGUCUGAUUGUAGACCAACCGAAACCUGGCUUUGGGAAUUCUAACGAUGGCAAUACAGCUAGACGUUUCUUUCAUAAUCCCGAGAUGUCAGCAGCAAUUACUAAAGUUGACAUAAAUUUGAUUAAAAAGAUGCAUACAAUACUCGCAGUUGUUUCUAGUGGGCACGAUAUUGAGGUACAGAAGUUUCGUGACUACGCUUUAAAUACAGCAAAAUAUUUCGUUAAAUGUUAUCCUUGGUAUAACAUGCCUCCAACACUUCACAAAUAUUUUAUCCAUGGACCAGAGUUAAUAUCGCACGCUAUGUUGCCAAUCGGACAAUUAUCAGAAGAAGCUCAGGAAGCUCGAAACAAAGAUUUUAAGAAUUUUAGAGAACAUUUUUCUCGCAAAUGCAGCAGAAAAAAAGCAAAUGAAGACAUAUUUAACAGACUUUUAAUCAGUUCUGACCCCGUUAUAUCAACAACAAGAAAAUUACCAAAAAAAAGUGCAGGAUUUACCCGAAGAAGCAUUAGAGUUGAUCGUGAUAGAGAGUGGCAAUAAUAAUGAAGUUGAUGAUGACGAUGAUGAUGAAGGCGAUGAUAAAAAUUCAAGCGAAGACGACAAUGAUCAUGAAUAUGAUUAUAGUGAUCAAGAAACAGUUUAUAUAUUUUAAAUAAAAUUUGAAGCUUAAAAAAAUUAAAAAUUUAGA